CGAGUUUCACCCUUUCCCAUGGCAUUGAGCAGCAUGCAGUUUAGCGUAGCUCAUAGUUUGUGUGAAAGGUUACUACAGGGUUAGGUCACAGACAUAAAGUACACACACUCACGCAAACACCCCGGGAGAAACUCCGGCGAACGAGACGGACCAGUGUUCCGCUGGAUUACCUAGUGGGCGUGCACCCCUCUCUUACCGCAGCCCAGUGUGUGUAGGCUUCUGCCGCGCUCAUUGAGCUUGCUAAUGGGAAUUUGUUACUACCUGCUUCCCAGUUGACAGCUCACAGAACCCGUAGCAUGGCUCAGGCGGUCACGGGCGGCUCUAUGGAAAGGGUGAUUCUGGAUGAUUGAGCGUUGUAUCCACCAUCCCUUGGGGAGGAAUAAUACAUUCUGUUGUUGCGGCAGUGAGUGGAUCUAUUCCCUAGUAUGUAACCUGUGGUUUGCGAUAGUGCCUCGGGCAUCGUGGACGCGCGGUGGAACGGAAUAAUCAAUAUUUGGACCGUUAUCUGAUUGACCAUCGUUAGUGCGCCGACAUGUCGAACCUGGUCAGGAGCAAGAAGGACAAGGAGAUAAUUGCAGAGUAUGAGAGCCAGGUGAAAGAUGUGCGUGCCCAGCUGGUGGAGCAGCAGCGGUGUUUGGAACAGCAGACAGAGAUGAGGGUGCAGCUGCUGCAGGACCUGCAGGACUUCUUCAGGAAGAAGGCUGAGAUCGAGACGGAGUACUCCAGGAACCUGGAGAAACUAGCAGAGCGGUUCAUGGCCAAGACACGCAGCACCAAGGACCACCAGCAGUACAAAAAGGACCAGAACUUACUGUCUCCAGUUAACUGCUGGUACCUGCUGCUGAACCAGGUGAGGAGGGAGAGUAAGGACCACGCCACACUCAGUGACCUCUACCUGAACAACGUCAUCACCCGCCUCACGCACAUCAGCGACGACUCCGCCCGCCUGCUCAAAAGAAGUAAAGAGAUCACCUUUCAGCUGCAGGAGGACUUGAUGAAGCUCCUUAAUGAACUCUACACCGUGAUGAAGACAUACCACAUGUACCAUGGGGAGACGCUGAACGCGGAGACCAAGCUGAGGGAUGCCGAACGUCAGGUCGGGGUUGGCAAAGUGGGGCCUGGCGGAGGGGUGGAGCCGCUAUUCGGCAUGCGUAUAGAGGAACGCCACCAGAGACGCAACGCCGCCCGCAAGAUGGAGAAGAUGAGGGAGAAGAGGAAGGCUAAGUACUCUGAGAACAAGCUGAAGUCUCUGAAGGCCAGGAACGAGUACCUUCUGACGAUGGAAGCCACCAACUCCUCUGUGUUCAAAUACUACAUCCACUACCUGCCCGAUAUCAUAGACUGUUGUGACCUGGGGUACCAUUCCAGUCUGAGUCGUGCGUUGAAGACCUACCUGUCUGCAGAGCUGAGUCUGGAGGCCUCCAGGCGGACAGGAUUGGAGGUACUGGAGGGGGCCGUAGAGGGCCUGGAUCCUGCCCGAGACAGGCAGCGCCUGCUGGGCCUCUACCCCACUGCCUUCUGCCCCCCGCCACGCUUCAGCUUCCAGCCCCACAUGGGGGACCCCGUGACCCAGAUAGCCGCCCAGCCACAGGUGCAGGCAGAGCUCACAUCUAGGCUGCAGCAGCUCCAGUCACGCCUCUCCACCCUGAAGAUAGAGAACGAGGAGGUGAAGAAGACGUCGGGGGCCACUCUCACCACCCUCCAGGACAUGUCAGUGCUGGAUGACUAUGACGUUUCCCAGAGUUUCACCCACAGUCCCUCUUCAGAGUCUGUCAAGUCCAGCGUGUCGGACGGCUACCUAAACAAACCCAGCCUCGCCAAGCGCCGUGCCAACCAACAGGAGACGGAGCUCUUCUACUUCACGAAGUUCCGUGAGUAUCUGGAGGGCAGUAAUCUGAUCUCCAAACUACAGGCCAAGCACGACCUGCUGAAGAAAGCCAUGGCCGAGGGGCAUAUAGCAGACACGCUGACCACCAGCCGUGGACGAAAGAACUCCCAUAGCAAUCACCAGGACUCGACUAAAGCCAUUCCUCUGCUGGUGGAGAGCUGCAUCCGUUACAUCAACCUCCAUGGUCUUCAGCACCAGGGCAUAUUCCGUGUGUCGGGGUCGCAGGUGGAGGUCAACGACAUCAAGAACUCAUUUGAGAGAGGUAACGACCCCCUGAUUGACGAGGAGAAUAACCAUGACAUCAACUCGGUGGCCGGUGUGCUGAAGCUCUACUUCCGGGGGCUGGAGAACCCCCUCUUUCCCAAGGAAAGGUUCAAUGACCUCAUUUCCUGUGUCCGUAUAGAGAGCCUGUAUGACAGAGCUCAGUGUAUUCGUAAGAUUCUACUGGGUGUUCCACGGGCGACUCUGGUCGUGAAUAGAUACCUGUUCGCCUUCCUCAACCACUUAUCCCAGUACAGCGAUGAGAACAUGAUGGAUGCUGGGAAUCUGGCCAUCGUCUUCGGCCCCACCCUGCUGCCCACGCCCGACGCCCUGGACCAGGUGGCCUGCCAGGCGCAUGUUAAUGAGGUCAUCAAGACGGUCAUCCUGCACCACGACAACAUCUUCCCCGACCCCCCGGAGCUGCCUGGGCCCAUCUAUGAGAAGUGCAUGACCGGAGACCAGUACUGCGAGAGUCCGUUCAGCGAGCCGGGUGGGGAGGCGGAGCCUGAUGGCGGCACAGAGACUCAGACCAGUGAGGAGGAGGGGGAAGCAGUAGAGGCAGUGGCCAGGUUUGACUAUACGGGCCGGUCGGGGCGGGAGCUCUCCUUUAAGAAGGGAGUGACCCUGCAGCUGUUCCAGCGUGCAUCACAUGACUGGUGGGAGGGGCGACUCAACGGCACCCAUGGCCUGGUGCCUCACCAGUACAUAACACUGAAGGACAGGCCUGACUCUGCAUCAACAGUGGACAGCGACAGUGGGAGCACUAGUAAUGAUGACAAGAGAGCCAGAAGUGAGCUGAGCUCUCCUACUGACAGACAUCCUGAGACCUACAACAGCAGCCACCGCAGGAAGCGGACUGACAUUUUCCGUCGCCCCCUCGGUCGCUCUAAAGACCAUGGUAACGGGAGUGUGUUGGAGAGGAACUCGCCGCCCGUCACUGGUCACUUCAGCCCGCGGGAGCUCCUUCUGGGGCGGGGCACUGGCUUAACCCCGCCUCUCGACAGCCCUGAGCGUCGUCGCCGUUCCACUGCCGCGGUAACGGUUACCGUGAGCCGCCACGAUUCACUGCGUCGGCCUGAAGACACGCCCAUCCGGCGCUCCAGCAGCGGGCAGCACGGCUUCAGCUCCAGAACCCUGGACCCAGACACACUGGCACAGGACAUAGAGGAGAGUGUGAGUGUGGCUCUGGGGCAGCUGAGGCGUGGGGGCUGCAGACCGGCUCCUGACGUGGUCCUGGACACUCUGGAGCAGGUUAAGAACAGCCCAAUCACUGCCUGCUCCUCCGAGUCGCCCAGCCCCCACAGCACCCCCUCCACCCCAGGGACUCCUGGUACCCCUAGUCCCCUCAGCCCUCUGAGCCCCCUCAUUCCCCUCCCUGGCCCCCUCCCGCACCCAUCCGAUCCACCAACCUCCCCCGACACCCUGGGCUCCUUCAAGCCCGUAGUGGGGGCUCCUCUCCGUAUGGGAGCCCCGCUUCGCCCCCCAGCCUUGAGGCCGAAACCCCUGGUGCCGCCCAAGAGCAACACCCCCCCUCUGCCCCCGCUGCUGGACAAGUCCUGCACCAUGUGAUGAGCCAAACCGGGCCAAAAUAAAGAGUGGGAGAACAGGGUACCUGCUUACUGUUUAGAAACCUGAACAAGGGUAGAAAGUGGUAGGACAGAUCUGAAACUAAAACGGUUUUUAUGUAGUAAUACAAAAUAAUAUAUGAUCUAUGAUAUGCCAUGAUAUUUAUGUGUGUCGUCAGGUUGGUGUGUACUCUCUUCUUGGUGUGUAGGAGUUAACGUUCUCCAUGUAUCAAAGCAUUUAUCAAAGGGUAGCUGUGUAAAAUGGGAAAGCUAAAGAAAGCAGAAACCCUAUCCUGUAAAAGAGAUGUAGUCACAGAUGUGUGGGAAGUGUAGUUCUCCUCCAGUGAAAUGUAGUUUCAGUGAUGUGAACGUUGACUAUGUAAUGACAAAAGGCUCCUCAGCUAAUGAAGGUCUAUCACCAAAAGGCUGCUGUGUUCUUAGUGUAUUUCGAUUGGCUGCUGCAUCUACGAGCGAUUUUCAUUGGCGACGCGAAAGAAAAGGACAAUGCGGAGUGAAGAUGUGCCUGAUGGGUAAAAGGAGGCUCACACAGAGUGGAAACAUAAGGGCGGAUGUCUGUGUGAUCUUUUUUUAAAUUAUUUUCUAUUUCACUUCGUUCCGCUGCUAAGCUCACUAAUGCCUCAACCGAAGCCUCUCGAGGCAUUGGUGACAAAACUCACAUUCUAUUUAACCAAUGUUCAGCUAUUUAAUGAAUGUUCCAGUAUUUAACGACUGUUCAGCUCUCUAUUGAAUGUUCAGUGGGCAAUAAUGUCACAGGGGCCGGCAGCGGCGUUAACCCUCACUACUAGAAAACCGCCUUCUCGUGUUCAACCGAUACACACACACAGGCCAGGUACACACACACACAGGCCAGGUACACACACACACACAGGCCAGGUACACACACACACAGGCCAGGUGAACACACACAGGCCAGGGGAAAAAUAGUUGAGGUACAGUGGUGGAGGGGGUUAGGAGUUUGUAGAGUACGUUUCCCUCGACCUGUGUGUGUGUGUGACUUCUUUCCCCUUACCCUGUUUGUCUGUGUGUGUUUCCUCUGCCUGCCCUCGUUCUGUUCCUUUGUAAGUGCGAUGGUGGAUAAAAUGAUGGAUUAUUCAUGUCUGCCUUUAGUAACAGAACAUGUGCAGGACAGGGGUGCGUGUUGCUGGCAGUUGGUGUGUGUGGGAAUAUGGUGUAUCUGGUUGUGUUAGACUGAAGUCACUAAAUAACCUUAAGUUCACAGUAAGCAAACAGGCUGUGGGGCUUUUGAGUGUAAAUGCCCAAAAUACACUUGGAACAGCAGCACACUGAAUGUGUCCUCUUUACUGGGUUGGGAACUGUUGCGUGUGUGUUUGAGCAGUACUGGGGAUGUGUGUCUUUAAGAAUGGGCUAUGGGCGUGCAUCGGUUUGUGUGUGUCAAUGUGAAAGUGCCUUUUUUUUUUACCCUCGUCUUUGUGGGGAGUUUAAUCCACUCGCGCAUGUCCCGAACAGAGAGCAGCACUUAGAAUGAAAUAAUCAAAGUGUUUAGGUAGAAGACUGAAUUAUGAAUCCUAGAGUUAAUCUAUUGUGACAUUGCACUUUGAUGUAUUGGAAAAAUUGUGUACUUGGCAUGUAGCAUUAUAACAUGUGAACAGGUGCAUUUUAAGGGACGUUGGUUUCUCUCUGAAUGUGUCUGAUAAUUAAAGGAAAUGGUUUAGUCUGUUGCUGUAUCUGAAACUCCUGAGCUUCCUAAAGACAAGCUCUUAUACCCAAGUGGAUAGUAUUGAUGUUGUAUUUAUAUUAUAAAUAAAAGGGAAGAAAUUAACAAGUG